AUGUUGGAUGUGGGGAACAAAGAAGAAUUCAAUGGUUAUAAUGAUGCAGGAAGCCUGAGGGAUAGUAAUAUGAGUUUGUGGAACACCGCCUGGCUCUCCAUCUGCUACUGUGUGAAACUCGUCACCGUUACCCACCGGAUCUUCCUCUGGGUGAAAAUGUGGUUUCCCUCUUCCAUCACCAAACUCCUCAUAGGAUCAGCAAUAUGGUCAGUUCUGGUGAAUUUGCCCUUUUUCUGGACAGCAGAGAUGAUGUUUCUACAGAAAACAAAUAUUACUGAUGGGUCAGGAAGUUUUGUAAUAGAGUUGAAUGUCCUUUAUUCUGUGACUAAUAUGAUGCUGAGUUACGUCCUGCCCUUUACCCUGACUUUCUUCUGCAUUGGGCUCAGUGUGACGUCUCUCCUGCACCAUGUCUGGAGGAUCAGGCAGAACGUGUCCCAGGACAGCUCAUCCCCUCAGCUCCAGGCUCUUGUUCGGGCGGCUGUGACAAUGACGCUCCAUGUGCUGUUGGACCUGAUCUUUCUAAUUAUCCUCAUUUAUGUAUUUGCAGUGACUUUCUACUUGAAUCCUGUGACAGAAAUGUUAUUUUGGGUGUAUUUCUUCUCAUAUCCAUCAGUAAUUAGUUUCAUACUGAUCUUUGGAAACCCCAAGUUAAGGAGAAGUCUCUCCAGAUGA